AUGUCUCAGCGAGACGCUCACCAGGCUCGCCUUACGCACCUUGAGAAUGGUGUCUCGAGUGACGUAGAGCUCAAUGAUCUUCCGCGACAAUCAGAUACCACCUCUGCCGCAACUCUUUCCAAGUAUCCGGCGCCAGAUCCCUUGCUAUCUCAUGCGUCCGAAGAACAUGUAGCAAAGUCGAGUGGCCCUAGUCCAGCCUGGAAGAGGCGCAUCCACAGCUUGUGCCAUUCCCACCCCAAGCUAUGGAGAGCUUACAUGUGGCUGAGGGGACCCGAUCCCCCUACGCCUAUACACCCAACGCCCUUGCUGGACUCAAUGAGGUUGCGUUGGCGCGGUCACACGACCCAUGUCAGCUUGGGUCUUGAGUCUUGGUGGUUGAAACUCUCUCACCCACUUCGGCGCCGAUGGAUUUUGGUGCUGUUCUGCGCCGUCUACAUUAUAGUCGUGGCAUUUAUAUCCCGAUCCAAUUCAUUUUUGACCCCGGCCCAAUCAUUUAUAGAUUGUACUUCGACGUACUGGCUCAAAGACGAUGGUUGUGGUCUUAACGGACAAUCGUGUUCUCCAUUUACCGCACCAGACUUUGAGUUUCGCUGUCCAGGAGACUGUCUUUCGGUUACACUGGCUAACCCACGAACUGUGGGUGUAGCGCAAUUGGUCUAUACUUCACUGGUCGUCGGGGGUGGCGACAGCAAUCAAACCUAUAGAGGAGAUUCAUGGAUUUGCCCCGCUGCAAUCCAAGCUGGGGUGGCGUCGGCAAGUAAAGGGGGGUGUGGCACGCUACGCCUGGUCGGUAAUUACACCGACUUCCUUCCUACAGUCGCCCACGGGGUUUCAUCAAUUGGGUUCCCAAGCGUAUUCCCUGUGUCUUUUCGAUUUUUAGAGUCAAGCUCUUUGGGUAGCUGCACAGACCUUCGAAGCUAUGCGCUCGCUUAUAACGUGAUAUGCACCAGUAUUCUGAUGCUGCUGCUUCGUCCAGAACCUAUCUGGAUAUUUUGGUCCCUUUUAUGCGUUGGUUUUUGGCAUAUAACACUCUUUAGCGACCCUCGAUCCGCACCUCCUAUUCUUUCCGAUGGUUUCGGUACAUUCCUUCCCGCCCUUUUUGUCGGAUAUGCCUUUUGGAGAUCUGCAUGGCGGUUCACUCUUCCCAAGUUUGAGGGGAUGCCCUUGGAACGAGUAGUCUGGUACCUCGCCCCCUUCUGGGCUGGCGUUUAUUUUAAUGUUUUAACGGCCAAAAUACCUAUCGAUAGACUGGUAGCCUCGGAUCUUGAGAGAGAAGGUGCAAUUGCCGCCCUAGUGGUCGUUGCAAUAGUUGUUUUGAUUAUUAUCCUGAACCAAGUCUGGAUAAUACGGCAGGCCGGGAUGUUCUUCUAUUACCUCUCUAGAUACACUUUGGCCGGAAUUGCCAUCGCUGUGUUGGUGUCCUUGCCUGGACUGACGUUCAGGCUUCACCACUAUUUCGCCGCCAUAUUACUUAUGCCCUUGACGGCGAUACCCAGCCGGGUUUCAGCGCUACGAAGAGAUGCACCGCUUGGGUCGUCUCUCCCUACGUUUAUUACCAACUCAUCGACUGUUGUCUCCAGUUUUGCGAAUAGUUCAAUCAGUUGGAACGCUAUCUCGUCGGAGUUAUCAGGCUCCGAGGGCUGGAAUGGAUUCAGCUUACUGGUAGAUGACGUACAGAGGUUGGCUGGCGACAGUUUAUCGUACAACUUAUCUGGACUACAAGCAGGAGUAGUACACUUCUUCAGGCUCGCAUACCAACGCGAUGGAGUAAGCGGCGAUUAUACGAAAGCGGCGACUCUGUUCCCGAAUGGAACGUGGCUAGACCCUUUGCCUGGACCUUCAUAG